CUGAAGGCCAGGACAAGAGAGCUUCAAGCUGUCGCCGUGGAUGUCGGCUGAUCCGGUUGCGCUGCUGCAGAGGCGUUCCACCAGGUGGACCUGAGAUGAGCGAGCAUUCCCUUAGCUCCUUCCUGAAGGCUGCCCGCCCAGAAUGGACCAGCAAUCAGCUCAGCGCUGUAGAAGAAAAGCUGGAGAAGGUUGGCGUGCGGGAUGUCCUGGAGCUGGUGCAAUCCUUGAAAGGCAGACCAGACCAGAGGCUCAACAACCGUUUGAAGGCCGUUGGAGAGAAAUGCUUCACCUCCGAGACCUUGAGUGCCCUGCGGCGGCGGGUUCGGGAAGAGCCCGCGCUGCGACGUGCAGCCGAGCAGCGGGUUGCCAAUGCCAGGCUCGCUGCUGCCUGUGAAGAGCAGAGCGGCUCCUCCGGCACCGAGCUGCUGGCGCAACCUGGUUGGGACCCCGCUGCCGGCGCCAGGUCCCAGAUGGCCCAAAAGCAAGGAGCGCCCCAGCCGCCCAAGCCGAUGCCCACGUCCAAAGACGACAUGAUCUCGGCAUUGGAGUCGUUGGGCCUGGAGGUGAAGAAGUGCCACGUGCGGCAGAUGCGUGCCGUCCUCUUGGAGGCGGAACGACUACGUGCGCUGCCGCCCAAGGAGCUCUUGGAGGAGGUUGCCCUCGAUGGCUCCGACCCUGACAGUCUCAUCAGGAGGCACUUAGAAACAACUUUUCCUGACUGCUUGGAGAGCCACGAGGCCUCCAACGUGUGGACCAGGGAGCAUUCUCCCAGAAGUUCUGCAGAUGAGGACCAGGAUCUCUCCUUCCAGAUCCUCACGCCCAGCCCAGAGCCACUGUCCCUGUCCACGCUGAUCAGCCACUCUGAGGACGAGCUGAUACGGCAGUGCAAAGCCCGUGGCUUGUGGCAUGGGAUGGAGUCGAGGGGCAAAGGUUUUUAUGCCUUGCUUCUCAAGCUGGAUAGCCGAAGGGAGUACCUACAGAGCCUUCAGGCCUUCGGGUGAGAGUGCUGCAAGUGCCU